ACACACACACACACAUAUAAAAGAAAACGAGAGUGAGAGAGGAUGGAGGGAGGAGGCGACAAAAAAAGUGAAUGUGGUGAACGAAGGAAUGGUCCCGCAUAUGAAAUGAGUGCAUGCGAGAUGUGAAAGGCAGGGCUCUCAUUCACCUUUUGUGAUGUUCAUUCAAGACUGUGAUUGCAUCUUUUGAGGGAGCUUGACGGGACGAAGGGUGUGUGCGCUGAUUUCAUGUGUGCGAGGAUCAGCAUGACGCAGUGGUGGGCUUUACUCGCGGUGGUUUACCUGUCCAUCCACUGGGCGGCCACUCAGCACCACAGGAAAGCUUUGUAUCCGUCUGCACAUAGGAUAAGACGGGGGACGCACACGCUGAUCAACCCCACGUUCCAGCGUUCAGUGGAGGACGUCAAUCUGCUGUUUGAGAUCCUGCUGGCCGGAAUGCAGAUCGGAGACGAGGAACACGCCACCGUGAUCCCAGAUGAGGAGCUGGCCUCCCUGAGGAGUGUGGAGAAGCUGGAAGUCAUCUGCGAGGACGUCCUGCCCAAGAGCCUCCCCGAGAUCCGACGCCUGGCGGCCGAGCUCGCCCAGCGGCGCCGGCCUCUGGGCUGGCAGGACUUUGAGCGGACGGUGCUGACGCUGGUGUACGCGACUCAGACGGUGGCUAAGAUCACAAACCAGCACCAGAGAGAUUUGUGGACAGACGCUUUGGUCCAGCUGUUCAAAGCCGUGCAGAGAGACCUCAAACCCUCUUGAAGCCGUUUUAUGAAUGUGUUGAUCUCUUGCUCGUUAUCGUACAUGGCUUUCUAACAUGUGUGUUUGACCUUUGUUUUUUAACAUAACUAGUGUAUAAAGUAUGUGUUCUUAUACUUCCGGCUAUAUUAUCCCAUUUGCAGGAGCUACACACCGACCUGGCAUAACAUUAUGACCACCUUCCUAAUAUUGUGCCUCCAAAACAUGGGCCUUCUGAGGGUGAAUUAUCCCACAGAUGUUUGAUCUUUGGGAUCUAGGGAAUUUUGGAGGUGUUGUGCUGAUCUUUUUUUUUUUUUUUUUUAUUGUGAGUUGUUCCUAGUUGGGGUUGUGGUCUGGUCUAGGUGGGUGCUACAUGCCUAUGUAACUGAGGUUUUAAGGUUUCAAGGAUGUGGUGCUCAGCACAGUCUGUAAAAAAAAUAAAAAACACCUUAACACAUAGGUCUACAACAGGGGAUCCGCGACCCCUAGGGGAUCCGCAGAGGUACUGCAGGGUCUAAUCUUUGGUUGAUUAGACAUUUUUUAUAUAUUCAAUUUUUCCCUACAAAUUUAAAUUUCCAUAAAUACACAUAAACAUGAUAUCAAAGUAUUUUAAUAAAGAGGUAAGGGAUAGCUUAAUAUUGAAUGCAAAGUUAUAUAUUUAUAAAUAACACUAGGCUGAGUUUCAUAUAGAAUACGUAUAGUAGGUAGUGGAUCCCUAUUUAAUCUCUCCAACAGUUUGGGGGUCCAUGGCAAAAAAAAUGUCAAAAGAUUGAAACAAAAACUUAUCGUAGGAUCAUGGUAAUCCAGUUCCAGUUCCAAUCAUCAGUUAUUCUAUUAUUAUUAUUCUCCAGCUGCAGCAGCAUAUUUAGGCUCUGUCUUAAAACCCACAUGCUUACUCAUUUACCAUCAACCAUCGAAGGAGUGACAAUCAGAAGACACGAAAUGAUUCAUUUCACGUCCAAACGCCGCGUAAUUAACCGCAAGUCCCUCAUUCUGUAUGCGAGUUUUCAAAAACUGCAUUGUUGGUGAGAAAAUGACUCGGCAUAAAUAAAAAGGCUUCUGUUGAGAUAAUGGUUCAGUUAUUCAAGUUUUUGCCACAAAAACCUUUCAAGUGCAUUUUUAAUCUAAUAAUUUCUGUUACUCGUCUCAGCUCCUCGUCUCAGUGCAACUAUAAUAAAUUACUUGAUUAUUUUUGCAUUAUGUAAAAUGAAAUAAAAGCAUCCUCGUUAAUCAAAUCCCCCUUUUCCCCGGACCGAGGGGAUUUGAAAAGCCAUGAAAAGCUGCCCUCUGACUUUUCAUGAUCAUGUCCGACUUUUAAAAAAAGAACCGACUUCAAGCUUGAUGUUAGCUUGACAACCAGAGUCAACUCCAACCCCUCGCCCCCCUCCCCCGGUGCUGGACGUCACCGAGCAACUUCAGAAGAUUUGUUCGGCUCAUUGAUUUGCCCGUAAAAGCCCUUUUGAAAGAAAACCACUGAUUUGUGCUUAGGAGUCCGUGUACAUCAAUACCCUUGAUUGCUCAUUUAAGCAACCUGUAAAAUGUUCGAUGGAUGUUUGCUUCGGCUCUCGCUCAUGUGGGGAAAUAGGCACUUAAUUGGCUUUUGUGCACUCAUCGUGGAGUGCAAGGAAAGUACCUGGUUUGUGUUGUUUUUUUGCCCCCCCCCCCCCCCCCCCCCCCCUUGAGUCAAUUAGUUUUACAUUUGCUUACACUCCUCUGGCUUUUCUCCAGCACUUGCAUCCAAAAUAACAACCCCAACUUUUGAUUUUCUAAUGAUGAUGAUGAUGAUGAUGCUGAUGAGUUCGGGGGAUGUUUUGCUAACAAUUUCAGCAUAAAGAGACUUAUCAGUGUGUUUCGUGGAGAAAAAAAAAAAAAGAUCCAUCCUCUCUGUGGCGUAAUUCAUGUUGACAGAGCAUCACCAAGUGGCUGCAGGCGGAAGUGCUGUCCUCAUCUGAAAGUUGAUAUCCUUGAAGCUGGUAUUUCUGUCCACUACUAUUAGGACUUGAUGAGCUGUAACUGCGACGAUGAAGAGGUUGAUCACGAAAUGAGCCUUUAAGAGAUUUGUCUGAAGUUAUACACGCAGAUUCUCUCAGAGCCAUUCUCUCUGUUGAUCAAUAAAGCCGAUGCUCAUGCAGAAUGCUGCGUCUCUUAAAAAGUGACUCUGUUUAAAAUAUUCUGUUUUCCUGAGCACAACAUAUGGAAAUGUACCAAACAAAUCAACAGCAUAUAGGCCAUGAACAGCGUGGUAGUCAUUCAAGACAAAUCCUGUGAGUGCGUUAACAUUCAUUUAAACUGCCAGCAAACAUGUAUUUGACUUAAAAUAUACACCAAUCAGCCACAACAUUAAAACCGCUGACAGGAGAAAUGAAUAAAACUGACCAUCUUGGGACUAUUCAGUGUUCUGCUGGGAAACAUUCGGACCUGGUAUUUGUGUGGAUGUUACUUAGGCAGGUAGCACCCACGUAGACCAGGCACCUCCACCCCACAACAUUGACACUCUGCUUUAAGAACAACUCAAAAAUUAUGCAGAACUACACAAUGUUUUGACCUGGCCAACAAACUGACCAAGUAUCUCUGGAAUGACACAAGGAAGACCUAUACAAUAUAAGGAAGGUGGUCAUAAUGUUAUGCCUGAUCGGUGUAUCUUUAUCUCUUCACCUUUUCUGAUUUAGAUGUGAUCAAUUAGUAGCCCGAUGUGGUCACUAGGUGGCAGCAUUUCCAAUCGGAUCCCUUAUCCACAAUCAGGACACCAGUCCGUGUGUUUGCCUUUUAUUAUUGAUUUGUGUAGACGUGGUAAUAAAUGUUAUGUGUGUGUG